AAAAUAUUUUAUAAAAAUCUGGCUCAUGCCGGAAACAUAAUGGACGAUUUCUUUAUAACUCCCCUUUAUUUACUCAUAUGAGUUUUUACAAUUGCAUGAAAUAAACGCUUUUCGCAAAAAAUUGGUAAUUAUUCAUGACUUAUAUGCACGUUUUAAAAAAAAUCUGCGUAUGAAAUAUUUUAACAAAGUAUGCCUUUUAACUUUUAUACUCACGUUACUACACUACUCUACUCAGUCACUACACUACUGAUACUGAGUCUACUACUUAGUACUGUCACUACCCACAAACUUCUAACUCACCACUCUAAUUUUCUGAUCUUAACAUGUACAUUUUCUAACUAUAAAUUUACCAACUACAUCUACUACUAAGCCCCACUAUGGUGACUAUACUGAGUUGCCGCAUUACCUUGCAGCAGUAAUAAUCUAGCUAUGGCCCUGGCGUUGAGAAGUGGUGGUUCACAGGAUUGACAUUGUUGGAACUUAUUAGAAAAAACAAUAUCUUAAGUUGAGAGAAUGUUUACAUGAGAAAUACAAACAUCAGUGUAUUAUUGUCUUUAUAAGUGUUUUUUUCCUCUUAAAUUAGUGGCCCGAUAACCAUCUGAUUUUUCGCUUUAUUUUGUGCAGUCUUUUUGUUAAAGGAAUUGGGUCUAUAGUCUGUCAGCUUUGUUUUUUUUCUGAAACUUUGUCUUGACAAUCAUGAGCUUAUCAGAAGCCAUGAGAUUAGCAACAACCAUGAGAUUUUGAAAAGGGGUACCACUUGAGUCUUGACAUGUCUGGGAUGGCACUUUUGUAGCUUAUUUUUAACGAAGUGAUUAUACGCAGUCCACUGCGUAUAACCCUGAGAGUUAUACGUAGUCGCAAGUCACGUGAGGUCUAUAUGCUUCCUGUGUUACAGUAUCGAUCGAUAAAGGCAAUAAAGGUAUUUCAUUAUCAGGGUGACUGGGUAGUCGAAAAAAAAAAGGUAUAAACUGGGCAAACCUCAAGUUUGUGGUCUGGAGUUCAAUUCAAGCAAAGGCCAGUCAAGAAUGUAUAAUAUGUGUUAGGUGUUAGUUUUUAUGUUUGUUCUCGAGAAUGAACCAAAAUCAAAAACAGCUAUGCUUAUUGUUUUACUUUUGUUUUGCUAAAAAAUGUUAAAACAUGAUAAUAAGAGAUAAGAAUUAACUUGACCAAUGUAAUGUUAAUAAUGUUAUUCUUAUACUUUUAAUUAUCAUAAUAUAUGUUUGUGUUGUUAAUAUAUAUUUUGUGUUGUUAACUAAUUUUGUGGCAGAUAAAAACAUGUUUCUCUGGUACAGUAAUUAUAAUCAGGGGUGGAGAGUAGCAGAAAAAAAAUAGCUGUCGGGGCAGGGGGUUAGGUAGAGGGGGCACUGUAAGUAAUACUUUCACACAGUUAUAGUUUUGCAUGGAUGCUGAAAACUGUUAAAUUUAGAUCACCAAAAAAAAAAAAUCGUAAAUGAUAUAAUUUUUAAAAAAUAAAUAGAAUGUAUUUCCUGAAUUAGUCAGUAAAACCAACCACAUGGUCAUAGCAACAUAUAAAAACCUAAUCAAUCAGAAUACAGAACUAGACUUAAACCAUGGAAAUGCCUAAGCCUAAAGGCAUAAUAAUCUUCUUAAUUUUAGACUUAUAAUUAUAAUAUAUAAGAUACAAGCAAUAAUACUAAUAAUAGCACUAAUACUAUUACUAUCAUUCAAUAUUAAUUAAAAUUAAUUCAAUUAAAAUUUUACAUAAAUUUUAACUAAAUGAAUCAAAUAAUCCUAUAUUAUUUGUUUAUACUUAUAAAUGUUAAGCAAUUCCACAGAAAAUUUGAAAUUAAUAUCUUUAGAAUAUUAUUUUUUUCUGGAAAUUUUAAAAAUUUAUUUAAAAGAAAUUUAAUUCAUUAAAUACAAAUAAGUCGAGUCAGAAUAUUUUUUUUUUUUUUUUAAAGUGUAUAAGGAAAAUUAUAGACAUUAAAGAAUUUUUUGGAGAAUAUUAAGAAUAGCUUAAUUUAAAAUUUGUAGUUUUAUUUAGUAAAACUCAUCUCUAACUAUAUUCCCUGUAAAAGUUAUAUUUUUAUCUCAUUUCUCAUUUUAUAAUAAAGUUAUAGGCGUAAAGGCUACGACUAUUCGCACCCGGGUAUCAGAAGAGAGAAGUUGGGAUUAAAAAACUAUUUAAAAUAUUAAAUGAGGUAUCAAAUGAAAGAUAAUUAGACAUAUGUUUGUAAAUUUACUUCUCAGUUUAACAAAAAUAAACUACCACAAAUGACAUCUGAAUGGGAUUUAGUCAAAAGGAACCCGGGUAUGCAUAGCGGAAUAGUUCAAAGCGCUCAGCAAAAAAUAAAAACAUGUAUCUAUUAAAUGUAUAUAUUUCAAUGUGCAUAACUUGAUGUUUGAAGGGGCACAUAAUUUAUGUGGCAACCAUUGAUACAUUUGCUACCUCAUGUCACAAUGUGUUUUAAGCUCAAAGUACCUACUGAAUUAAACCUCAAAUUUUGUGUUUCUCUCUUUUGAAUCAGAAACAAUGUCCGCAGACAUAAUAGAAGGCUUUUUGUGCCCAAUAUGCAUGAAAGAUCUUGGAACCGUGACACAACUUCAAGGACACUUUGAAGAAGAACAUUCUUCUGAAGAUAAGGCAGUCUUUCAGCAAUUGAAAGGUAAAUUAAGUCAAGAAAACACUUGAUGGCCAUAAUAGUCUUUAAAUCAGUUGUACCUGCAAUAGUUUUAAACAAUUGAAAUUCAUUUAAGUGAUUAUAAUUUGAUAGGUUUCUUUGACAAGGCCAAGAAACGAAUAUUGGGUGAUAAGUUUGAGGGUGAGCUAAUUCAACAAAGUGAGACUACUAAAAGAGAGGAGCUUGUUGGACUAUCUGGAUACGAUCCAUCCUGGUGGGAAGAUCAAGAAAUAGGUAAAUUUCCACUUCCUGUAGUGUAUCUUAAAUCUUCAGUUAUAUACAUUAAAAGUCAAAACUGAAAGUAGGUGUUUUGAAACUAUUAAGCGCAUGUCCAAAAAUGUCAAUAACACUUGCUCUACAAUAUGGAAUAAGGCUAUUGUGUUUUUGGAAUAUUGUAUACUGCGUUACAUUUGUCUCUUAAAUAACAGCUUUCCUCAUCAGUGAUUUAUCAGUUUUUGUGUUCUGGUGAUUCUAUGAAACUUGUGCCACUAAUUUCAUCAUGAUCUUUAAUCAAUUUAUCCUUCUGUUUUUUAAUACCCAAAUGUUUUAAAUGAAAUAAUUACUUCAAGGGUUUGUAACAGUCUCAAUCAUUCUGCAGGUGCUAUUCGGAGCCACACUGAUUCAUUUAAAGCUAUCCGAGAUGCCAGGGUGAAUCACUUUGUUGUUGAAACAAACAAAUUACUCAUUCGUCUGGACAAGUUGUUGAGCCCUGAUGCGCCACUCGACCCAAAGAAAAGGAAAGGUUCGCUCUUAUCUGUUGGUACUCUAUUAUGAACAACAUUUAUCUAUUGUCUUCUUCUUCUUUUCCUUUUCAACUCCCAAGGGAGCAUAGGCCAUUAACAAUUUCAUUCCAAGCCUUCAGGUCUCUAACUAUUCUCUCAAGCUCAGGCAUUUAGAUUUCCUUUCUAGCUCUUUCCAUUCUUUGUUACAUCCCUGUUCACAUCUCUUCUCCAGGUGUUUUUGGGUCUUCUUGUCCUCUUGGUCAUAGAGAGUUCCAUACCAAUGCUUGACUUGCUAUAUAUGGCAUGGGUUUUCUCAUUUUGUGACUUAUCCAUCUGCAACUCCACCUGCUUUUAUUUAUUUUUUGCUGCACUGGCAUUUGUGCUGUCAUUUCCCUCACUGUUGUAUUAGGGAUUUUGUGGAACCACUUGAGGUAGAGGAUUUUACGCACGCAACCAUUCACAAAGGUUUACUGUCUUUUCCAAUCUUUCUUGGUUGAUCUCAAGCUUUCUGAGCCAUACAGCAAAACAGACUUAACAUUUGAGUUAAUACAUUCUAAUUUUUGUCUUUCUCCUUAUUUGCCUAAAGCUCCAAAUAGUUUUAAGUAAGGUAAGAUCCACUCUUGUCUUUUAUGUUCUCGCCUUGAUAUCUGCCUCUUGAUUCCUCAUCAUUAAUAUUUUUAUUAAUAACUCUAUUCCUAAGAUAGGUUAAAUUGUCUAUUUCUCAUACUGCAUUCCCUCUUAUUAUUACAACUCUUGUGUCAUUUGGAUUUACUCUCAUAACUUAAGUUUGGUUUUCUUUUAUUGUCAGUACCCGGUACUAUCGUUCUGGAAACUUAAUAACAAUCUGUUUGAAAUUGGUUCAUUUUAGUCCCUCUUUUGUAUUAGGUGGUAAGCAAUUGUCAAAAUGUUAAGUUACAAACAAUAUUUUGUAAACACGACUGUUGUAGGUGGCAGUAAGGUUAUUUUCAAAAUAUUGUUAAGUUACAAACAGUAUUUUUAUACAUUGAUUCUAACUUAUUUAAUUUUGAUUCUAACUUAUUUAAUUUUGAUUCUAACUUAUUUCAUUUGUGUUCUGUCCUCCCUUUAGAAACCAAUCGGCUAACUGCCAAUCUGUUAAACUCAUGGAUCGAUUUGUUUUGAAAAUAUUCAUUACAUAACUACUUUUUUUUUUUUUUUUUCCUUUUUUUAAACCUGAGCUAGGUUUUGAAAUGCCUUGUUUCAGCAUAUGGGAAGGCCAUUGUGAGAUGGGUACCAGACAAUGAGGUGCCUGCUUGUUUAAGCUGUGCGCGAUCUUUUGGCAUUCUAACCAGAAGACAUUUUCUGUCCUCCCUUUAGAAACCAAUCGGCUAACUGCCAAUCUGUUAAACUCAUGGAUCGAUUUGUUUUGAAAAUAUUCAUUACAUAACUACUUUUUUUUUUUUUUUUCCUUUUUGUAAACCUGAGCUAGGUUUUGAAAUGCCUUGUUUCAGCAUAUGAGAAGGCCAUUGUGAGAUGGGUACCAGACAAUGAGGUGCCUGCUUGUUUAAGCUGUGCGCGAUCUUUUGGCAUUCUAACACGAAGACAUCACUGUAGGUUAUGUGGAGGAAUUAUGUGUGACAGAUGCUCGGAGUUUAUGGCAUCAUCUUAUGCACGUAAGAAUCAUAAUUAUGUAGAAUAAAAUUGUUUACGCUAUUAUUUGCCAAUUUUUCUAACAACGUAUCUAAGCUAAUGUAUAUAUGUUUAUCUGUGUGUAUUAGAAGUGAAGCAUUAAGUUAUAAAGUGAUGGCUUCUUCACACUAAAACUCUAGAUUAACAAGACAACUGUGUAACAAAUAAUUCCACACUUGUUUAUUGAUACAAAAAUAUGCUGCUUUAAAAAAACUAUUUAGUCACAACUGGCAGGAAUGUUAAAAUGUCUUAAUUCUUACUCUCUCUCUUUUUUGUUUUCAGCUCUGUGAUUGACGAAAUCAAUGUUUUUGAUUAGAUAAGAUUCGUUUAGGUGGCCUAACUUAUGUAGGUGAAAGGUGCUCAUAUUUAACUUAAACCAGUUUCUCAAUGUUAUCAAAUGUUAUUUCAGAAAAGCUAGUCAAUCCAGCCCACAGUUUCCACGGCGAAGGCUUUCUCAAGAGAACCAACAGCAACACAAGCCUUAAUUCUUUGGUAGGCAAUGAGGGAGAGUCUAUUAUGAGGGUGUGCAGAACAUGUAGGAAGCUGCUGGAAAGACGCGAUGUUAUGACUGAACAAAGGAACACAAAGCCACCUAUUGUGCAAAUAUAUGAUGUUAGUUGUUUGCAUUAUAUUUUUUGUUGACAAAUUUUAUACCUCUAUUUCUAACCAAAAUGAAAAAUAUCACAUUCAAAAUAUGUUUAAAUUUAUAUAAAAAUUUAGGCAUCGGUCUCAAAUAAAACUUAAAUGUCUAACACUUUUUUUUCUAAAAUAAAUGCUCUUAAAACUGAAGAAACCAUUGCAUGAUUUUUACAAUAACUUUCAUCCACGUAGCAAAUCUAGCACAUUAUAUUGGAGACGUUAGUUUUCCCAUUUUCAGAUGAAUUCCUACUUUUUCUAAAGGUCUUUUGUUACUAGACCUUGACAAUAAUUACAUUAUUUUUUUUUAAAAACCACCCCCAACUCACUUAAGCACACAAAAAAAUUCCUUUUUUUUUAAUGUCUGUUCACAUCUCUGCUAAAUAUGUAUGGUAACCAAGUCAAGUCAUUAUUAUAAUGAUAGAAGGAAGCCCUGUGGAUCUUAAUGUUUGAGCAAAAUGUGUUUGUACACAUAUUACAAUAUCGUUGUGUAUGUAGGGAUACUACGGAUUUAUUUUUUUGAAAAUUUAAUAUCAAUAAUUUUUUAAUUGCAGAAAAUGAAAAUGUGCAUCAAGGAUGCUGAACUAAUUUUACCUGAUUACCUACCUAUGGUUGAAUCAUUAAGGUAAGGAUCAUUUAGAUUUAACUUUAUUUUUUUUACCAGUAAUGAACAGUUGGCCUGUUGAUGUUUUCUGGUCUAGUUUAUAGCUGGCAGACAUUCAAGAAUCCAUUUGUAAUAGCAUUACUAUUUUGGGACAUGAAUAAAUUUUAUUUUAAAAUAUUGCUCGUUCCUAUGUGGCUGAACAAAUUUUUCAUCGAAAUGAGAAAGCUUUUACCGGUACUUUUAAAAAUAAUUUAGAGCUUUUUUUUAUCUGAAAACCUUUCUUUUCCUUCUCAGUCAAGGAGAGACUCAGUAUGACUAUAGGCAAGCUCAAAUUAUGCGUACAAAGCUUGUCAAACUGUAUGAAGCUGUGGAUCAGCUCAGGUAAGAGACACUGUACUUUUCUAAACAAAAUUCUACAAAACUUGAAAUUCUUGAAUGUUUUUAACAAAUUACCAUUUUUUUUUGCCAACAGUAAAAAGAUUAUGGUGUUUGACCUAAAUACAGAGCAAGGAGCGAACCCAAAACAAGUUCACCUUCAGAAAUCAAUUCGCUUGUAUGCUUCCAAUUUCAUGCAGGAAAACCUCAUGGGUUUACAGGUCUGUUGUCUUCAAUAAUCUAAAUUAAUGUUGUUGUUUUUUUUUUUUUUUAAAUCUUUGACAUAUCAGUCACGCAUCAUGUUUUAUAUUUAUUUAAAUAACAGCACUGCCUUGCUAAGCCAUGAUUAAGUUUAACAUUAAUUAUCCCCAGGCACUUCCAUCUGAAGAAGUUCCAAUUUCAUGCAGGAAAACCUCAUGGGUUUACAGGUCUGUUGUCUUCAAUAAUCUAAAUUAAUGUUGUUGUUUUUUUUUUUUUUAAAUCUUUGACAUAUCAGUCACGCAUCAUGUUUUAUAUUUAUUUAAAUAACAGCACUGCCUUGCUAAGCCAUGAUUAAGUUCAACAUUAAUUAUCCCCAGGCACUUCCAUCUGAAGAAGACUACAACAAACUCCGCCAAAGAAGGGCGGAAGAAAUUCAGAGGAAAAUAGCGGCAGAAAGGCAAGCUGUGAUGGAAGCUCAAGAGAGGGAGCGCCAAGAAAGGGAAAGGCUAGAGAGAGAACGGUUGUUGAAAGACUUGUCGCCAGAUGAUGGUCCAAAGCUGGGACACAGGCGCGUCGCAUCUGGAGGGGAUGUUCAGAAAAAGAAACUUCUACCCAACAAAAAUGCCUUCAGCAUAGGCUCUCCAAAAACUCACAACAGAAACCCGUCUGAUGAGAAUGUUGGGAAGGGAUGGAAACCCGUAGAAGAAGUUGCAAGGGUCAGCAAGGCCAGUGAUCCCAUGUUGCAACAAAUGGAGAUUAUUAAAGGGUACAUUCGUCAGGCCAAACAAGCAAAUCGUACAGAUGAGAUAAUUAUGUUGGAACAGAAUCUACAAGAUUUGUAUGCCGAGUACCAGAGGCAACGUGCAAAAGAUCAUCAAAGCAGUUAAUGUUAGCUUAAAACUUGUUAAAAGUAAUCAAACUGCAGCACAGAAGUAUACUUAAAUAUUAAUGACAUUGAGGUCCGUGAAACAAUCAUCUUAAAAUAAAUCAUCAUUUAUUCAAUGUCAAAGGUUAUAUUGGCUACCGGUAUUUAAAAAAAUACUUUGAUCGUGCAGUCCAAAUGUAUGUUAGCACUUUAUUAGCUUGAUGUUGGCAUCUUGUGUCAUGGCUGCUUGGUUCCAAGUCAGCUUUUACUCUUGCUUAAUCUUUUGGUAAAAAACAUUAUAUUUUAUAUGAAGGAAACGAACAAAUUUUAUGUCCCUGCCAAUAAUGUGUAUCAUAUAUUUACUAAAUCCUUAUUUUACGUCACAUUUGUAUUUUACAAGUUAUUUUUAUUAUUAUUUAUUUAUUUGUGCAGCUUUGAUUGCAGCCAGGUAGUUACUUCGGUGAAGGAAUAUCGUGUCAGUAAAACAGAAAAUAAUUUUGUGCAAUAUAUUUAUACUGAAUGGUGCCGAAUAUUUAUUUUAUCAGAUAUCAGCCUAAAAUUAUUUUUGUAAAUAUUUUUGUUUUUCUUUUAGUAAAAUCUUUUUUAUCCUUAAUUCACCUCUUGGUUUGCCUAAAUAGUGGAUAAUUUGUAAUCUCUUAUCAGAAGUGUAGUGCUAGAAUUGACUUUUAAAACCAUUUUUAAUAACAUUAAUUACAUUCUAGUUCUAGUUACACUUUUUAGAAAUCACAAUACUAUUUCCUCUUACACCACACUUUCUGCUUAACCUUUUCAUAGGCAAAUAUAUUUCCGCUGUAACUAGUAAAUACUGCAGCUUUCUGCCCAAUAGGGUUUUUGGAAUCUAUGGACAAAAUGUUUUACAGCUACUUUAUAUACUUGUGUAUAAAUCGAGAAAUGUGUCAUAAACUUCAUUUUAGAAGUUGACUUAUCCACAGGUUGGUACUAGUUUCAAAAGAAUUUUGUACAUUGAAUGAGGGGACAAUAUCGAGUUAUCGUUAGUGCUAGUGUACUUUCCGGUGGUGAUACAUUGACAUGGAUAUUGGGUACACACGCAGAUAAAAACAGCUCUUGAUGCUUGACUGAAAUCUGUAACCGAGCCACAUGCAUCAUUGCCAACUGCUGAGUCCGUCAGUGCCUAUCGUCGGGAAGAUAAAGGACACUGCUAUAAGUCGGAGGAAUGUCACUUGGUAGCACAGACUCUAAGAGAGUCUAGGCCUAAUGACACCAUAGUUUAGAUGUCACUUGGUAGCGCAGACUCUAAGAGAGUCUAGGCCUAAUGACACUAUAGUUUAGUAUAUUGUGCAGCCAUUGCUGCCAAGUAACAUCUGAUAAAAUUAUUUAAAAAAUCAUAGAAUUUCAUAGCCCCAAGUUUUACCCUCAACUUAUCCACGAGUCGUAGCAUAUUUCAUAAUUGUUGGUUAAAAAACUGCCUGGACUCUACUUAUAUAGACAAGAUCAACUUAUAGACGAAGAUAUACGGUAGAUAAGUUUAAUAAGUAGAAAAUGCUCGUUGUGGGGUAAAUGUAUAAUUUGCAUCAGAGGAAAGUAUGUAUUAGUAUUAUUGUAAACCAAAUGCUCUUAACAUUUUUUUAAAUGACACCAAGACUAGGAUUAUCAUGGUGGUUAAUUCUGGCUUUUGAAUUUUUGAUAAAAAUUUUCAUUAGUAAAGGUUACAGAUUUUUUAUAGUUGAAAGCCCAAAACACAACUUCAAUGUACAAGUCGGUUGUUUGAAUCAAUGAAUAUACCUACUUUAUGUGGUCAGUUGUAAAUGUACAGUAUUGUCAAUCAUUCUCUAUGAAUGUCAAGUUUUUAGUGCAGCUUAAAUAUUAUGAACACUCACUGUCCUUCCCCAAAUAAAUUAACUCACUGGCUGCGUAAUGUUAUAAUUGUUUUAAAUUAUGUAUGCAUGUAAGAUUUCUCUAGAUCAACACGUUUUCAAAUGUAUAGUAAAAUUCAUCAUUUUUUAAUAAAAUCGAGGAAUACUACUACUAGAAGUAAAAUACUGUCUGUGAAACCUGAUUGCAGUCUCUCACGAGGAAUACAAGAGGAUCUUACUUUUUUAUUUACAUUUCCUAAGAUGUUCUCUAUGUUAUGGACAGUUUUAAACACACAAUUCUGUUUUGGAGGCAUCUUAGCAUGGUUACCACUUUCUUUUGAUGCAAAGAAUGUACUUACCUGUACGUUAAAAAAUAAUUGGUCUUGCUAAAGGUUGUGAAUGUAAUUUAGAUGCAAUUAAAUGUAAUAUGGUAAUUGAAAUGUACCAUUUUAAAAAUAUUAAAAGGAAUAAUGUGCCACAGAUAUAGAUGUUUUAUCUCAAAUCAUUAACAAUAGUUGCUAUAAGUAUUAUUCAGCCUGAAUAUGAAUAAGGUAGUGUGAACAUUGCUUUUUUCUCUCUAAAUUUUAAACUUUGUAUAAUCCCCAACCUAUGAAAUUAGCAAUUGCUACUAAUGAAUUAGUUCUUACAAUUCUAACUAAUCAACCUUUAAAAAAAUUAUUUUUG